GCAGCGGCUGCCCCACUGUGUGUAGGUGUUGAAGCAGCCAUGUGGAGCAGAGAGAGCGCUCCUCCACUUCUCCUCUGCCUGCUGGCGCUCACUGCUCUCUGGAAAACCAGGUCAGUGAGCUGCGAUGCCCAAUCCGAUGCCUUUAAAACCAACAUCACCCUGUUCACGCGCAUCCUGGACAGCCUGCUGGAUGGAUAUGACAACCGCCUACGGCCAGGUCUUGGAGACAGGAUAACAGAGGUGAAGACAAACAUCUACGUCACCAGCUUCGGACCAGUUUCAGACACAGACAUGGAGUACACCAUCGAUGUCUUUUUCAGGCAAAGCUGGAAGGACGAGAGGUUGAAAUUUAGCGGACCGAUGAAUAUACUGCCGCUCAACAACCUGAUGGCCAGUAAAAUCUGGACUCCGGACACCUUCUUCCACAACGGGAAGAAGUCUGUGGCUCAUAACAUGACCAUGCCCAAUAAACUGCUGAGGAUCAAAGAUGAUGGGACCCUGCUGUACACCAUGAGGUUAACUGUGCAUGCAGAGUGCCCAAUGCAUCUGGAGGAUUUCCCCAUGGACUUUCAUUCCUGUCCACUCAAAUUUGGCAGCUAUGCCUAUACAAUCUCAGAAGUGACUUAUGCUUGGACUCGAAAUGCCUCCGACUCUGUCGUGGUGGAAGGAGAAAGCUCCCGCCUUAACCAGUACGACCUGCUUGGACAAACGGUCGGUCAAGAGACUAUCAAAUCGAGCACAGGACACAGAAGACCCGGGCAGCUGCACUGGCGCAAGAAGCUGCCAACGAGCCCUAAUGCCGGGCUACCUGUGAGGGACUACUCGCCCCCAGGUUUUCGUCUGUACUGCUCGAAGCCUUUGACGUUCGGGAGACGGAGUCUGGCAUUAGGAAAGGGUCAGGUCCAUGACCGAGGACGAAAGAGACGCUGA